AUGUCACCCAAGACAACAUCAGCCUCCCACCUCCCCACGACCCUCCGCUCCGCGACCCACCCCAUCCUCCUCCGCACCCUCUCGCCCUCCGACGCCCCCGCCGUCUCCGCCGUGCUCUCGGACCCGGACAACACGCGACACGACCCGCACGCCUCGGCCAUUUCGCCCGAAGUCGCGGUCAAAGUCGUGGAGCGGAUGCGGGAGAGCGCGGGCGUGCCGAGCGUUCUGGACGCCGAGACGGGGAAGGUCGUGAGUGGCCCGGGGCGUGUGAAUCUUGUCGUGGUCUACCUCGAUACCGAUGCUGAGGAUUCCGAUGGGAGGGUGAUUGGGUUUGGGGGGUUUGGAGGGAUUAACGAGACGGAGGGGAAGGUGAGGGUUGGCGAUGUGGGAGUCAUGAUUGAUAAAGAGUUCCGCGGCAGGGGGUUCGCUGUCGAGGCGAUGCGGUUGGCGGUCGAGUGGGCGUUUAGGGGCGUGGAGGAGGGCGGGUUGCAGCUGGAUCGGGUCUCGGCGACGAUGAGGGAGGAGAAUGUGGCUAUGGUGAGGCUCGUUGAGGGGAGGCUUGGGUGGGAGGGGGUUAGGAGGGGUGGUGAGGUGUUUUUUGAGGUUACGGAGGAGACGUGGAGGAAGUGA